CUUUCAGUAACCGAUUUAUUUUUACAUCAGUUGAAACAAAAUUGGUAAAAUAAGUCUCAUAAACAAAUAAAUAUUUUAUGAAUUUAUUUUAAAUAAAAAAUUGUUAUCAUCUAAUCGCUAUUUAUACCUUCGUUAGUAGUUUUUUUUCAAGUUAGGUAAAAUAAGAUGGCAACAUCGUCAAACAGCAAUCCUUCUGAACCAGAAUGUGAGUAUGAUUAUGGAGAGGAUCCUCACCCCGGCCCGUAUUUCUGCCACAGGUGUCAGAGAUGUAUUUCCAGGUGUACUCGCGACUUUACUUGUCCCGACUGCGCCAGUGGCUUCAUUGAACCAAUAGCUUUGGGUGGAGCUACUACGGAUGUUUCAGGAGAAGAAAACAUGGAUACUGAACAGGCUGAACAGCCAACUGCACAAGACGGAGAUGGCAACAACAUUUCGAUAUCGAUAAAUCACGGAAGCAACUCUAGUCCCCCACAGGGUCGACCAAUGAGACGGGGGGUGCGACGAACGAGGAUUGCCAUUCAUAGAAUACCCACAAACAAUCAGAGUGAUCCAACUGAAGCCAUUCAACGAUUUUUCAGGGAAUUCAUGGCUGGCUUGCUUGGCGAAGGUUUAGACCUGAAUAGCCACUUUCAACUUGCCAUGGACCCUAUCAUUUUGAAUGGAGAUGAGUCUCUUUGGACUAGGGCUGGGUUGGAUAAUAUCCUUACAAUGUUCAUGAAUGAGGUGGAAACAGCCGGACCCCCGCCAGCUACUAAAGAUCAGAUCGAUGCAUUGCCGGAUGUUGUGAUUAAUCAGUCCCAGUUCGAUAGAAAUCUCCAGUGCAAUGUUUGCAUGGAGGACUUUGCGAUAGGUGAUUCAGCUAAAGAGCUCCCGUGCAAGCACUUGUUUCAUAAGAGUUGUAUUGUAACAUGGCUAGAACUUCAUUGUACUUGCCCAAUAUGUCGAAAUAGAAUCGGCCCAUCUGCUCAAGAUCGCUUCCGCCAACAGCAGCAACAACAACAACAACAUCAACAACAACAUAUCAUCAACCUAGACGCACUACAAGGAGAUGCUACCACUCCGUCGUCAUCAUCACAACCAUCACCACCAACAUCAGCAGCAGCACGAUCGUCAUCAGUAUCUUCAACACCACAAACAUCAUCAUCAGCGCCGCAGCCCUUAUCGUCACUACAGCAGCCACCGUCAUUACCACAAGCUGCCGGGUUUAUACCACUACCGCCGCAUUCAGUCUUGUUCCAAGUUAGAUCAGCUGCUGUUGGUGGUGGCCACACAAGCAGCAGCAAUGACCUCGCUACCAACAAUCCCAAUAGUAGUCGUGACGGAAGUAGUAGUGGUCGUAGUAGUAGUAGUAACAUUGGUGGUUCUGGGAAUAGUGGUGGUGGUGCUGCUAGUAGGGACGGCUUAGUUCUCGGAGCUUUGCGUAGGCUGCAACAGCAACUGCAGCAGCAACAGCCGCAACCACCACAACGUUAUUUGGAUGAUAUGAAUCUUGAUUAAGUCGAUAAUAAUGAUAAUAAUAGUUAUUAUAAAGAAAAAUUAAUAAUAAUAAAGAUGAUGAUGAUGAUAAUAAUUAUAAUUAAAAUUAUUAUAAUAAUUAUAGCAGCAACAACAUACCACUAUGUAACGGUGAUUAAUUAUUAUUAUUUCCCAACAGGAUAAGUGGAAUCAUUACAUUGCUGUUGUCAUCGUCAUCAUCAUCAUUAUUAUUGUUAUUAUUAUUAUUAUUACUCUUGUUAUUAUUCUUGUUAUUAUUAUAAUUUUUUUCUAGACUAAUUCAACUAGAAAUGAUCUUUAUUAUAUUAUAUUAUAAUUUUUAUUUAUUUAUUUACCCUUUAGACAUUACAUAUUUUAUUUUUGAUUCGUCGUUUGUUUGUAUGUGUAUGUGUUGUGUGUAUGUGUGUUGGUGAGUAUUUCUACUAUCUAAUGAACAACAACUUCAUUUAAUUAUUUAUUUAUUGUUAAUAAUAAUAAUGUGUUUUUUUUUAUUUUGUCAUAAGAAACUUUUAAUAUUAUUUUUGUUAUAAAUUUUGCUGUAUAUGUCUGUGUGUUUAUAUAUAUAUAUAUAUAUAUAUAUAUAUAUAUAUAUGAGACUAGAAGUUUCGUACUUUAAUUUGUCAUCAACUUUUACCGAUUUUUUCAUUCAUAUUUUUGUUGUGGCUCUACUUAAUAAUAUAAAUAAUAAUAAUAAAUAAAUAAACAAAUAAUAAACGAACAAACAAUAAUAAUGAUAAUAUUAGUCGUUAUUAUUAUUAUUAUUUUAUUAUUAUUAUUACUCUAAGUGGUUUUACUUUAACUUUUCGGCGGUGAAUAAAAUUGCAAAGAUCGGAAACGCUAAAAGCCGUAGUCUGUCUGUUAGUGUUGUCGAGUCGGUAAUAAAAUUAUGAAGAAAUAAUAUAAAAUUAUAUUUAUAAUAAUUAUAAUAGAUCUAUGACGUCAUUGUCAUCGCCAGUGACGUCGUAAUUAUCGCUCGCCAUCGUCGAUUUUACUCCCCCAAAAAAAUGUCUUGAAAAUUCUUUGGCAGCACACACAGCGAAGAAAUUGGCUGAAGCUAUUUAAGAAUCUGACAAAACUAUAAAAUAAUCUCUGAAUCUUUGUGCGUACGCGUGUGUGUCAACCAGUGACGUCAUUAUCAGCAUCAGUGACGUCAUAAUGUUCGUCGUCAUGGAGGUCG